GAAUAGAUAGCACCAACAACUACAAUUUGUAUAUGCACCAUUGUCAUUUGCAACACUUCCACUUCCUGCAUUGUGCCAUAAUCCAGAUUUCCACUUCCAGUCAAUUUUAGCAUUUCGAAAGCUUUUAACUGGUAUUUGCUUUUAGUGCCUUUUCCAUUAGAACAUUUUCGUGCUGAUAGUAAAAACAUUCUGGUCUGGUGUGCGCGCACUGCCGAUACUCUGGGAAAGUUAAAAAAAAAUAUUGCUGCUCAUAAAGUGAUAGUAAUCGAAGAGUGAUUCGCGCAAAGGGAAAACUAAAAUUUACUUAUAUUUGAAAAAGUUGUAAAAUUAAAUAGAAAAAUAUGUAGUGAAACGAAGUGCAAUGGCCACAAAUUGAGUUUUGGUGCGCAAAAGUUGUUUAACGCAAGGAGAGUGUAGGGCAAGAAGAGUGUGGGAAAAAUCAAUAGUUUUUCGCAGUAUUGUGUUUUGGCUAUGAGGCAAUAACAAUAACAAUAACAAUAACAAAAAACAAACAAAUAGCAGCAAAGUGAAAUGGAAAACGUGUAAAUAAAAAAAAAUGAAAUAACUAAAAAUAUUGAAAGUCAUUUGCAGUGAAAACAACUUGCAAAUAUUUCCCAAAUAUAAUUAAUAACCAAGCAAACGUAAACGCUUGUGGGAUUGCUGAUUAAAUGGCAAAACAAUUUUUAAGAUUAAAUUUCAAAUAACAACAGCAAAUGUUACAAAAAAAAAAAUCAACAACAUUCAUAAAAGAAACGCAUUAAAAAUUUAAACACCCAAACUCCACCCGCACACAUUUUCAACUGCAGCCAGCCAGCCACAAGUCACUCAACCACCCAACAACAGCCUUCUCCGCACCGCGGCGCAUGUUUCGUAAUCGCAUUUUAAUGGGCGUUGCGCACGCGCCCGGCAGCCGUCUGCUGCGUCAAAGCGCCGAAGCCACCAAAUUUCUAGCCAUACUUUUCCUAAUUUUGACAGAGAAUAUCGCGCGCAUCAGCUGCGGCCCAAAUGCUAUUAACACCGCCAGCGACGGCUAUGCGAGCUGGGCAGCCACGCGCGCAAGCGUAGUUGGCGGCCCCCUCGCUGCGCCGCCAGUCGCUCCAGUGGCCGUCGGUGUCGUCGAUACGCAUCGCUUGGCAAAACGAAUGGAUUUGGAGCUGUGUUUGGGCAAAUUCGAAAUCCACAAAAACACCAUAAUUCGCACGGGCGAAUCACAAACACUUGGCGGCAAGUACUUGCAAGGUCUUGAGCUCGACACCGCCGAGGAAUGUCAGCGCCUCUGCUGCGAAACGGAUUCCUGUGACGUUUACGUCUUCGAAGACAAAAGCGACGGCUAUUGUUAUCUUUUCGAGUGCGGCCCACCCGAGAAUUUCCACUGCAAGUUCACACGACAUGCCAAUUACACCAGCGCAGUGUUGACAGUCGCGCGGCAUGUGACCGAAGUGACGACGAUGAAACCAAGUGUGGCACACAUUGGCUCGACCAACAACAUUUCACAGCAAGAGUGGGAAUUGACAAGCUUAAAAGUGAAACCAGAAACGCGCGAUAAAACAGCAGUCGCAACAGGAAUGGGUGGAGUAGGGGGUGCGGUGUCCGGUGUGUCAGCUGUAGGCAAUGCUGCCGGAGGAAGCACCAAUGCGGCAGCAACUGCGGGCCCAGUGCCGAUGGUGGGCGUGGAGCAAAUACCGCCAUUGAGUGUAGCUUUUCCACAAAAAGUUUAUCCAACACAUUGUGGCCGCUUUCAGUUCACCUGUCAUUCGGGCGAAUGCAUUGCUGUCUAUAAUGCCUGUGAUGGCAUACCGCAGUGCGAAGAUGGCAGCGACGAGGGACCGGAAUGCUCCGCUGCCACUUCGACAGCAAAAUCGAAUGCCGAUGUUGGUUCUGCAAAUGCCAUGGAACCAAAGAUCGCUUUAAAGACCCAAUAUCAACUGCCUAUUGUGCAGCCACAAUUGCAAUCUGUGCCUCAAGUAGACCAGAUACAACAAAAACAGCAGCAAUCGAUGCCACAAAUGUCGCCUGGUGUUGUACCACCACUCAUAAAUAAUCGCGAGGAUGCUGGAGCUUGGGCCAAUCGUAAAACUGCAGUCUCUGAUGCCAAUCACGCUGAGCAAGCAGCAAAUGAUGUGGACUUGAAUAGUCGCAUCUUCAGUCACAAAGGUGGCAUCCAAGUGCCCACCACAGGCGUGAAUGCAAACAACAAUCCCAACAGUGUUAUAGUCAAUUCUUACGCUAGCACCAAUAACAACAACAACAAUCCGAACCUUAAUCUAAAUCCCGUUUAUAAUGCGGCAACCUUGCAACGUAACGGUAUUUAUCUGCCUCAAAUGAACGAUCUAUCUGAGGGUGGAGUCUAUGGGCCACAACAACAACAACAAUUGGCCCCACAGCAGCAGCAGCAGCAACCACAAUAUGUGGUGCCACAAGGCCACAUGAUGCUACCGCCGAAUGUACAGUGGCAGAUGCAACAACAGCCACCACCACAACAGCAACAGCAACGAGUGGUGCCGCAACAACAGCCACAGCGGGCGCCACCACAACUACAACAACAAAUACUGCCUAUGCCUCUGCAACCGGGACCAGCUUAUAUAAUAAAUACAGUUGAGCAGCAACAACAACCAGCAGCAGCACCAGCCGACAAGAUAGCCACAGCUGAGACCGCGCAUGCUGGCACAGCUACGACUGCCACCAACGCGGAAAAUACCGCACCCCAACAGCAACCGCAACCAGUAGCGCAGCAGGCGGCAGCACAAGUGGCCUUAGCAGCAGCGGCGAAGUCAAAUGCAGCGCUUGGCGCGACCGCACAGACACCGGACGCCAGCAAAGUAGCUGGCAAAACUGCUGAAACGCACGCCGCUGCCGAGGAGGAAUAUGAAGACUCUGAUGAGGAAGAAAAGUCCACGGAGGCGCCAAAGAAAAAACACAAACACAAGAAAUUGGCCGCCAUCCAAAAGGCGGAUGCGAAGAAGAAGCCCCAGCUGGAUCCGAUCGAAUUGGCGCUUGAAGAGCAACGACAACGCGCACCCGUUCCAUUGCCCUUACACGAACAAUACCGAAUGAUACACGAAAACCUCGGUUUGGAAUUUCGCGAUCACGACGGACAAUCAGAGCGUCCGGGCGGCGCUAUGCUCUCGCUGACGCUGGGACUGCUUGUCACGGCGGCGCUCGCCAUACUCAUUGGCUGUCGCAUGCGCACCGUGGGUCGACGCACACGUCGCAUGGGCGGCAAGACGCCUUAUUCGCAUGAGGCUGAUUUCCUAGUGAACGGCAUGUACUUGUAAGGCCACUCGAGGAGCCGAGGAGAGGGAGUGAUGUUAACGGCUGAUACUCCGGCAAGAUACUAGUUUAGCGCGGCUGUGGUGAAUAAAUAGAACAACAAAAGAAGAACAUCAAACUAAUACAUAUUUACGAAUGUAAGCGUGUGUGUGAAUUUUUGAACGGACGUACCCCAAAGUAACGCUUAUAGGGUAUGGAGAAGACCCGCACUAAUGGGAAGGAAUAUCGACUUAGCAUAGUACUCUCGAUUUUUUUUCUAAACUCGAUUUUUGUUUUGUUUUAAUUUUUAUUCACUAAAAUAUUUAGCCUAGUUUUAAAAGUAGAGUGUAUGUAUGUAUGUAACUAGAAAAUGGGCCGUAUGAAUAAAAACUAAGCAGUUGCUUUUUGUUAAAAUGCCAGAUCUCUUACAUAUUUAAGUAAAAGGUCUGAAAUUUUAAGAAAAAAGCCAUUUCAUAGUUUUUAUUCCUACGGCCCAAUAUCGAAAUCGAUAAUAUUACCCUUUCACAGAUAAAAAGUUUCCGAGGUGCAUUUUCAAUAAAUUUGCUUGUACUCGACUAGUAACGACCAACAGACAGAGUUCUUCAGAGAUUCUACAGUUCCGAACGGGAAAAAACUCUUCGCCCGGACACCAUAAACGUUCUCUUCAUUAGCUUGUAAGAAAAUGAAAAAAAUGCCAAGUGGAUUCCACUGCAGGGUAUAAAAUCACUAAAUAUUUGCAACAAUAUAUUUCGUUUGAAAUUUUAGUUAAUUUAUAGAUUAUAACUUAGUUCCUUGGAUGGACGUUAUUAUAUACUCUGGUUGUCUUCAUUUUUGAGUUCUUAUUUGAGUUCUUAUAUUUGAGCCGACUUUCCUCGGUGUUGUUGUUUGAAAACGAAACAAAAACGAUAAUUUGGCAUCAUCGCUGGCGUUAUCAACAUUUAUCGGAAACAUGUCGGUGUUACCCAUUUUGAAACAAAGAUUGUAACGUUAUCUCAUUGUUAAGAAUUAAAUUGAAAUGAUUGUUGUUAACUUUCCUUCGCCAGUUCAAGCGACGAUAAAAAUGACAACGCCAACGGGAAUACGCCCGAUUAUUAUUAUACUUGAAACCUAGUAAAAAAUCUGACCGUCGUCUAAGUUGGAGUGAGCACUUGGUGGGGAGCACAUUCAAAUAUUGUUGAAGAAGAUUUGGUAGUAUACUAAACAACAUUUUAUAAAUGUGAAUGAUACUAAGUAAAUAAACUGAUACUAAAUGUUGAAAAA